AUGUCUAAAGUCAAAACAACUACAUUUUAAAUGAGUUCUCAUAAAAGAGAGGAGUCUCUGACUCAGAGUUUGGUGCUGCCUAGCAACAAUCCAAAGAAAAUUAACCCAGCACCCUUAGAUUCAAAGUCCAUGAAGACCGUUAAAGUUUCUUAAACUUCCCACUAAAAUAAAUCACCCAGUCGGCAGCAACUUAAGUAAUCUUUAAGCAACACAAAUAUUCAUGGACAGAGCUUCUAAACACUGUCUUAAAACUCAAUGAACUAAACCUAGAAGUUUAACAGAAAUGGUGGCACUAAUCAUAAUCAUAGUAACACCAAUACUUCUAAUAAAAUAUAUGUGAUGCAGCACAACAGCAGAGUCACUAACAUGAGCACCUCAGGUUCUUACUCUUCAUCCUCAUUCGGGUAUAAUGAGAGCAUGAGACUGCAAAAGCAGAGUGACACCAGCAACUUUGGCUUGGAUCACAGCGCUAGAGGCGCCUCAUAAAAUAACAUUUCACAGGUUAACUUCUCAUACAAGAAUUCAAUCAUAUGCCAGUCAACUAAAAACGCUAAUAAUAUAAUAGGAAGUGGCAGUAAUACCUACAGUAGUGGCAGUGCUACUACUUCUUCAAGCACUCUAGUCUCAAAUCUUAAUCAGUAAAGAAGAAUAAUUUAGAAAUAAAAGGGAAAAUCAGUUUCCUCUGGCAAUGUCCUGCCUCUCAGAUAAAAUUUAAAUCAAUCACCUAUGAAAAGUAUCCCCACUAAUGAUAGCCAAUUAGUAAAUAUACAGACACCAGCAAUUAUCAGAUCAGAUAAUGUCCAGAUAAACUUUUCAUCACAGAACACCCCAGCUGAGAAAAUCCUUCUAUCCAUUAAAAAAUAGUAAUCAGGAAUUAUUGCCCAGAAAAGUUCAUUUAAAGAUAGCUUUGUAGAUAGUGAAAACUUCAUGAAUGUUGAGGAGAAAGAAAAUUAAGAUUUGUUCAGCUAUCCUUCACUCAACAUAGAGUGCACCAGGGAUAUUAGGUAAAAAAGCCUAAAUGAUAUGAUAAAGGAAAAAUACCUUGGUCCUAUCCUUAAAUCACAAUAAACAAAUUCCAACUCUUUUAUGAAGAGAAACAUACUUCUGACUACUUCAAAUUGCUCUAAUAGAAGCAGUACUUGCAGCAUAAAGAGUUCAUUCUUAACAAAACAAAGUAAAAUUGGGAUUAACAAUCUGCAGAAGGGAUCAUUCUAAGAUGCUAAUGAAACGAAUGAUGAAUUAGAAGAUAACACUCAAACCCAUUGCUGUGACAGCAUAAAUUAGUAUUCACUUCUUCCAAAGACGAUAUUUGGAGAAAUAGUAAAUGAAAUACAUAGUAUGAGUGUAUAAAAAUCAAUAAAUAAAGAAGAUUAGUAAUAAUAAAGUACCCCUAAGGUUAGAUCAUCAAUUGCUUAAGAUUACAGUCCAAAGAGUAACAGAAAUAUGGGUAUUAAUCUUGGCCCUUACAGCUCUGAAUAAUAAAAUUCUGGAGUUUCUGCUAGCUUAAGUGAUUUAAUUACAGCUGUGCCAUAAAAUUAAUAGCAGAAAUAAAUGCAAUUAUUUGGAAAUAAUCCCUAGUAAUCAGCCAAGCAAUCUAUAAAUAGAAUAACUGAUAAUUCCUAAAAUUAAGGGUCAGAUAAAAGCUUUAAAAACAGCUCUGAUUAGAAUAAUACUUCUUCAAGACUUUCAAGAUAAACUCAUUCGAAUAUUUCGUAAAGAGAUUCUCAUCAAUAACAAUAGUAAAAUUUUGAGUAUGUACCUGAGGAAUCUAAUUCUAGCAGUAAUUAAGAGGAUAUUAUCGAAUUCCUUUAAUCAGAUACACAUAAAAUGCAUUUGAUUCAGACUUUACAAUCGUUAUAGUACGUUAAAAAUUUCUUAUAGCAGCCAUCUUAUGAUUAAAUUUACUCUAAGAGAGUUAAUUUACCUCAUUUCAGAAGACCUCAUAUUAAUAAAACUAUCAUCUUUGACCUAGAUGAGACUUUAGUUCACUGUGUUGAAGAUAUACUUAAUAAUCCUGCUGAUAGAAUGAUAAAAGUUUAAUUCCCAAAUGGUGAGGUAGCAACAGCUGGAGUAAAUAUAAGGCCAUAUGCUAUAGAAUGUCUGAGAAGAGCAAGUUAGCUAUUUUAGAUAGUAGUUUUUACUGCUUCUCAUAAAUCUUAUGCUGAUGUUGUACUUGACAUUCUAGAUCCUAAAAAUGAAAUAUUUGAAAUGAGACUAUACAGAGAAAGCUGUGUCAGAUCAUAGGAUGGAGUUUAUGUCAAAGAUUUAAGAAUCUUUGAGCAUUGCAGAUCUUUAUCUGACAUGGUCCUAGUAGAUAAUGCUGUGUAUUCAUUUGGAUAUUAACUUGAAAACGGAAUUCCCAUAAUCCCAUUUUAUGAUGAUAAAGAGGAUGAAGAGCUACUUCAUCUCUCCUAAUAUCUUGAAUGUUUAGCCAAAAAUGGUGGCGAUGUGAGAGAACAUAACAGAAAAGCUUUCUAACUAAGAGAACUUCAAGAAUUAGAUGUUCAGCAAUUCCUUCAAAAUAUGAUCACUGAGAGUUAAUUAUACGAAUAAGAAAAAGCUAAUAACCUCCAAAAAAGCACAAGCAACAAAAGUUAAACUUAAUGGGAAAUUCUCUAGGUUGAUUCUAGCAUCAUCAAUGAAGAACCUUAAGAAGACGAAGAAUCAAGCAUUUAAGAAAGCAGUAAGCUGAAAAAUCGCAGAAGAUAGAUCAUCAAUCAAUACUCAAACACAAAAUCUCAAGAAACUUCAUAUGGAAACAAUUUCAUAGAGGAAGUAGAAUAUGAAGAAGAGGAAGAUGACUAAAUUAUUAAUAAUCGACAUAUAAAUAACUACGAUUAUGAUACUGUUCGCGAAAGUCAAAGAGUGCAUACUAGCACCAGCAUCUUAGAUCGUGACAACUAUGACUGA